UGUUCCAUGCACCGUUCUACAUUUUCCACCAAUCACCUGUGGGAUUGAGUAGGAUAGCGAGGAGCUUCGACUCGAGGGCGACAAUGGCGACGCUAUCGUCUCCCCCGUGCUCUCUCCACCCUACUCUCCGUAGAGCUCUCUCCCCACCUCCCCUCUCCCUCGCUCUCCUCCCCUUCCUUCGCCUCCCACGGAGAGGAGCCCUCUCCUCUUCUCCGCCGAGGGCGCGGAGGCCGUUGUUAGGUUCUAGAAGGGUCGCGACGAGGGCCGUGGCGGAGGAGGAGGCUGCGGCGGCGGCGGAGGUGGCGGAGGAAGAGGGGGCAAGCUCCUCGGCGGAUCAGGGUGUCUCCGUCCCCGUAUCCCCCUCCGACAUGCUCACCAUGUUCUUCAAGGCCGAAGGAACAUUGGAUGAAUCGUCGAUCCCUGCGGUAACCAAGGCUCUUGAGGUAAUUGAGGGUAUUAGCGAUUUGUCGGUGCAGGUCGCUGAGGGCAUUGCAAGUGUCGAGUUAACAAAACAAACCACUGUCCAAGCUACAGGGGUGGCUUCUAAUUUGGUCGAGAUUAUACAAGGAUCCGGCUUCAGGUUGCAGACAUUGAGUUUGAGUUUCAAGGAUGAAGAAGAUGCCAUGUAGUCUUUGCCGAAAUCCUCUCUCCUAUUUCUUUCGGAUUUUUUUUUUUUAGUUCUCAAUAUGGCCUAGUGUUAUAAAUUUUAAUUGUCCUUCUUGUUUCUCCAGCUAUUGAGUAAAACAGAUGCACCAUGCAAUUUUCUUUUUUAAGAAGUGUGCAAUUUAUUUGUAUUUCUGAUGUCGGCUUCGCUCGCAAAGACAUUGUGGAGUAAAUUCACAAAUGUAGAGAAACUAUAAAUUAUUCUUCUGUAUUUUACGUGACGGAGAUGUUUUAUGCGAUGUUGUUGUUUU